AUGGUGCUCACGGUGACGUCGCUGCUCGAGGUGGAUGGGUGCCCGCCGAUAAAGCUGCGGGAGGAGCGCGACAACGAGGACGUGCCCCUGCGCACGGGCUGUCGCGUGUGGUCGUGCGCACGCCUCCUGGCGGAGUGGCUCGCCAACAGGAGCGGCGGCGGCGAAGAUGAUGGCGCCGGUCCCAUCGUCGUCGGCCGCGACGUCCUGGAGCUCGGAGCCGGCACGGGCGCCGUGGGCCUCACGUGCGCGGCCCUCGGCGCAAGUUCCGUCACCAUGACCGACAGGGACGAGGCCGCGCUCGCUCUCAUGCACACCAACGCGCGCAUAAACGGGCACUACGACGCAUCCUCGACGUGCGAGGUGUGCGUCCAGGGCCUCGACUGGGGCGACCCCGCCACCUACAUCCAGGGCGCGAGCUACGACCUCGUCGUCGCCGCGGAUGUCCUCUACCUACCGGAGCAUUGCGCCGCGCUCCCCGACGCCGUGGCCGCGCACCUAGCGCCCGGAGGUGAGGUUGUCGUCGCGUGCGGGCUUCGACGCGCCGGGCUCCUCGAAGCGCUGGUGGACUCGCUUCGAUCGGUGGGUCUGGACGAUGUCUGCGUGGACCUCGGCACGUUGGGGCUCGACCCCGUAGAUGGCGCCGAUGCACGCAACAGGGCAGCCGCGGCGGUCACCGCGAGCGAGCACGCGCACGACGGCGCGCAGAUAUCCGCCGCGGGCGGGUACGCGUUGGUGACGGCGUCGGUUAAGGCGGACUGGAAGCCGCCGGAGAGGCUGUCCGCUCGGGCGGUGGCGGACGCGAAGCGGGAGAGGGAGGAGGAGGAACGGAACGAGGAGGAACGGAACGAGGCGGAACGGAACGAGGCGGAUCGACCGCGGAUUCGCGGCGAAGGGAACCGAACUCCCGGCGCCGUCGCCUCGGAGACGGCGGCGACCCGGGAAGAGGACCAGCUCGGCGGGGAACCCAGCGAGAUCGACUCGGACGCCAACAGCGCCAUGGGCGACUUUCUCGACGACUUCGAAGACCUCGGCGUGGACGCCGGCGCGCCCGUGACGCGUGCGGUCCCGGCGUCUGACGACGACGACGAGGACGAGGUCGAUACCCUCCCGCCGUACCGCGUGCACCCAUCCCCGGCGGAGGUUGCCUCCGGGGCACCCUCCGCCUCCACCAUCGCCGCCGCGGCGGACUCGCUCGCGAGGAACGGGUUCGUGGUCCUCGAGGCGGAAGAUGGCGCGGGUCUGGUCGCUAGCGACGUGCUCGACUCCGCGCUGGCUGCGAGCGACGGCUACCUGGACCGACUCUUGGCGGCGGCGAAGGCGAAGGGCCUUCGGGUGGAUUCCGACAUCUUCAGGUUCGCGGAGUUGUGCAGCCGCGCUCAGGGGGGACGUAGAUUUGACGUCACCGCCGAGCGAAGGCGGUGCGGGAACGGCGGCUCGAUCACCCUCCCGCCGAGGCCCUAUCCCACCUCGGAUGACGAGUCGGCAGCCGCAGCCGCGACGGAUGCGUGGGACGGGUUACGUCGCGCGGUGGACCCCUGGGUCUCCUCCGCGCUCCUCAGAUCGGGUCUCAUGGUCGAGAACGACGGGAAAGGUGCGACGUUUGGCGUCACCGCGGUUGGGUGCGUCACGUCGCUGCCGUCCGCGCCCGAGCAGCACUUCCACGCCGACGGGAGGGAGCGGGGCAUCGUGAACGUCUUCGUGCCGCUGGUCGACGUCCCCGCCUCGAUGGGACCCACGCACUUUCGCCGCGGGUCGCACGCGUGGGAUCACGACUCCCCGUACCUGACUAGGGAGCAGAGACGGGCCCAGGAGGGCGCGGAGGAUGUGGUUCCCGAGCUGAGGCGCGGGUCCGUAUUGAUGUACGAUUACAGGGUGUUCCACCGGGGCGGCGCCAACCUGACGGGCAAACGGAGGCCGGUGGCGUACGUCAUGUACGCGCGCGACGGGACGGAGGACACGUGGAACUUUCCGGAUGAGUCGGUGUGGGACCCGGACAGCACCGGCGCCGGAUGA